AUGGACGUGAAUUCAAACGAGACAGAAAGCGGUGGAGGGCAUUUAACUCUAACACGACCCUACGUUGAUAAACAAGGCGCAGUUAGCCUUGCACAUUCAUUAUUCGGUCUUCGUAUUUCAGACUUGUCAAAAGUCAAGGAAUUUAUCAGUUAUGACGACCGCAAUUUCUAUUUGAAAGGUGUUCUGCCAAGCCAAGAGAGCAAAGAAGGGAAUUCCGGUGAAGAUGAAUUCGUGUUGAAGAUAUUAAACCACGUCGAUUCACAAAACAUUUCAUAUAUUAAUGCACAAAACGUGCUUUUGCUUUAUUUGAAAGAACAUGGCUUCGUUUGCCCGGUUCCAAUGAAGUCGUUAAGUGGUGAACUAACAAUGGAAUGCCAGCUAUCCUCUUAUGGUUUAAGUGGCAGUGAAGAAAACGCGAAAGAACAGGGGCUGCCUCCAAGAAUUAAUGCUGUUCGACUUCUGAGCUACGUACCUGGAAAGCUUCUCAAAGAUGUUCGUUGCACAAAAGAUCUUCUGUUCAGUCUGGGUCGUUACACAGCAAAGACAAAUAAGGUUUUGAAGGUAAGAUCCGUUUCUUAUACGCAAUGCGACUGGUUUUAUAGUUAUCGCAGAUGAAAUCAAAACAUUAAUUCCCUCGUGCAUACAGAACAUUUAAAAGGCAAUGUUCAUACUUACCCAAGUACUAGUGCCUUAUAGGUACCAGCACAAAUUGGUAUUGUAUUUACACCUCGAGUGACCAUUAGGGCAUUGUUCACACUUGCCUAAGUACUAAUGCCUAGGUACCAGCACAAAGUGGUGUUAUGUUCAAACAUCGGGUACACAAUGUAUAACUGAGGGCAUUUUUGCCCCACUUUGCUUGUUAGAGGCUACUUUAAUAUGUGACCGAUGGGUAUACAAAGCAGUGGAUUGCUUUUAAGUAGAAAACGUGGGUAUACAGGGCGUUGGUGGUACUCAACAACAACAACAUCUUAAGUUUUAUUUGCAUUGGUAUUGCAAAAGCUUUAACAAAAACUUACAAUUUAUAACUGAUGAUAAUAAUGCAAUGCAAUGAUCACCACAGUCAACAAAUUAGUACAUAAAUCAUUGCAUAAUGAGAGAAAUUUCAACAAAAUUAAUGUGAAUUUACGGAAAAAUUCUGUGAAUUCAUCAAUUUAAUUAUUAAUUCUGUGUAAGAUAGCUGAUUAAAGUCGAAAAACGUUUGUUGGAUUUGAUUGUAGAAUUUCUCCCUUGGGAUUAAAUAUUUUGGACAAUGAAAGAGAAAAUGAAAUUCGUCUUCAAUUGACCACUCCAGAAAAUACCAUAACAAACCAUAAUGCACUUUCUUUGUCACCCCAAAAUUUUGCAUAAGGAUUGUUUUCAGUUUCUCUUGGGGCCAUUUUAACUCCCGAGAAAAAUUGAAGACAAUGCUUUUGCAAAAUUUUGGGGUGACAAACAAAGAGCAUUAUUAAUAGUAUGUUAUGGUAUUUUCUGGAGUGGUCAAUUAUACCAGAGUUACAAAUAGGGCAGAAUCUAUCGUUGCGGGAAGUUUGAUUAUAUCUUCCAGUUUCAAUCAUGAGUUUGUGGUUACUUAUGCGAAUUUUCACCAAGUCUUUCCUAUUGGUUGAAUUUCUAAUUAAGUCUCGAUAACUUGAAAUUUUAUAAUUAUGUUUUAAUAAGCUGUAAAAUUGCAGUUUCUUAGAAUGAUGGAUCAAUAUAAAGUGAUCUUGUGUACAUUGGGCACUGUCACCUACAUGUAGCCGAAAAUCAUUAUUUUAGGCAAGUACAGGUGUAGUGGUGCCGUUUUCUAUGGUUGGACAGCUUAUGUUUAUUACACAACGCUAUACUCCUCGUAGCGAACCAUUUAUGCGAGUUUAUUGGGCAGAUUUUUUAGAAAAGGGGGAAAUCAGAGUAAGAGACAGUUGUGCAUGAGGGAAAAGAGUCAGUUGAAUACAGGGUUAAGCACCGAAGUACAGUGAUUAUGGUUGAGCACUCUUUUUAGCUUAGACGGUUAGCUUUCUAUAUCGUAAUGAUCAAUUCCAUGAUUAGCUUUUGUCGGCUGCUAGCCCUUGAUGGUGUAGUGGGUACGAAUGUGGAUUAUACAUCAAAAACGGCUUGGAAACUAAAAUUCGAUAGCAUUUUGUUUUGAAUGAGGGUAUGGGCAUGAUUUUCAGUUGAACAUGCCUAGCUAGCGUAAAAAUCGCAUCGAGUCUAAGGCUUAAUUAGAGAGGGAAAAUUUUAUAUAUUUAGGCAUGACAAAAUUCAAGGGAACAUUGGUUCUUAGAAACAACAUCUCAUAGGCAUGGAAAAAAUGGGUUCAUGCCCUCCCAUCCCAAAAUUGACCUAGCUAAACUUAGGUCCCAGAUCUCUCGCCGGGUUGAUAAUUCAUUUCCAGUUUUUGCUCGCCUGGUUUGGCAUGCCGGGCAUGCCGAUAGUGAAGCCAGUUGUGUUUGGCAUGCCCGGCAUGCCGGGUAUGAAAUUGGAAUGCCCAGCGUGACUGAUUUUGAUGUUCUUUCCAGCAUCAUGUCCUGAGAAUCAUAUAAUCGCUAAAUAUAUCUUAGGGAGCUUGAAGUUACAGGUUUCAUGCCCGGCAAUAAAUGCAGAUUAUAACAAAAAAAGUCAUGUUUGUCACAAUGUAUGUCACGGGAUCGACUGGCAAAACUGAAGACAGCAGCCUGGAUUUAUAAAUAAAAGCACAACAAAACGACAUUAUUCAUGCAUAAAAUAGAAUACUUAACUUGCAAUCAAAGAUUAAUCCUUUUAUUUCAAACCGAUACUGACAUUUCUGGGUCCAGAUUUAAAUUUGAUCGCGGAAAAGCGUCUUAAACAAUAAGAUAACAAAUCUUCUCAGUAUAAACUUAUCCAUGCUUAAGUUUUAUCGCGUCGGAAUGUUUCCCGGUCAACAGCAUUAAAAGACUGGUGAAAAUUAAGCUUACCAGGUCGUUCAAGUCAGUACGAGAGUACGACGUUGAUACUGCAAAGACGUUCUGAUUUGGUGAAUUUGGACUGCCUUCUCAGAGAGAUUUUGCUUAGUUUUUCAGUGCGCUCCUUGUCGGCUAUGCGAAUCUCGCAAACUGUUUUACUCCUUGCUGACGAUAGUCCUUUGAGCAACGUCAUCUACGUCAUCCGAAGAUACCCCGAGCACGCACGAAAUCGGCCAAAUUUCCGCAGAAGUGUUUUCGGAUGACGAUGAAUCUAGUUUGUUGUAGCGUGGCAGUUGUGGCGUCACGAUUUCGUCAUGUCUCUUCGCACUUGUUUGUCUUUUUUUUUCUGCGGUGCAUGGUUGAGAUGUUGGUGAAUGCUGGACAAGAAAUGGAUUCUGCGAGAGACUGUAAGUACAAAUUUAGUAUUAAUUUGGUAAAGAAAAAGCCUUAAUAUCGAACAAAUCCCGUGAAUUAGCCUUCUGGCAUUCAGUUUAUCAUGCUGUUGAGCAUGCCUAAGAACUGCAGUAUAAGUGGUUGUCAACUCGUUCACUUCGGAUUGUUUCUGUUUGUAUAUCUUGUAAUCUUCUUCUGCUGCUAAGAAGACUAGAGAAAACUUCAAAAAUAAGAAACCAAAGCUAAAAAAAGUCAGAUCUAAUUUUAUAGCUCGAGUAUAAUUAUUUUUGGCACCUACGGUCAUAUUUUUUCCCUGUACUGGUAAAGUUACUUAUUUUUGCUGCAUAGAUUGACUGUUGUUUGAAAGACAAUCAAACGGAUAUUACAAUCACUUUUGGAGACAAAAUUAAAUAAAAAUAUCCGUAAAUCAAAUGCCAAAAUCAGAUUUGGAUUUCGCUUUAAAAAAAUGAACAUGCUGCGUGUGUCCAUGCAAAGUUGUAAACAACUCAAUAUAAGCAGUGUGUGAAUGUGCGUUUAGGUGCACAAAACUAAUUUUUCUUUUGGACAUCUCAUCCAAGCAAAGACUUAAGGCUUACAUUGCUUGUCUACGAGUGUACUACAAAAUGCUUUGCUACAGUAAGCCUCUGAGAGGCGAUUCUGGUAAAUUUAUAGGACGCUAAAAUGCAAAUAAUUCUAAGCUUAAACAACCUGGCUGGGUCCGACUUUUGAAUUACAAAAUGUUCACGUUUGCCGGCUCUACUUUAAAUGAACAUGGUUUUUGAAAUGAUUUUGUACUAUUUUAACCCGAAAAUUAUGAUUGGGUUAUAAAGCUUUUAAAACGGACGAAAACUAAGCUAAUAAACAUGUUCAAUAAAAAAACUAAGAUUUAGUCGCUUUUUCAACUUUGUUUUGUGGGCCGAAAAAUUUACCUUCACGCAAAGACAAAAGCAAACAAUGAGGCUUUUAUUCGACAUAUUUUCUGAGAAUUUUAUCUGAUCAAUUUAAUGUCACUAGCAUUGUUUUCGUAUAGGAAUUUUCCUAAUUAUGUGAGCUUUUAAUUUGAUAAUUUUGAUACUCUAUAAACUUCUCAUUUGAUAGCCUCACUUUUUUAUACACCGAUUGAGAAACAAAUUCGCUCUCGUUAAAUCCUAUUUUAUGACCUAUUUAUUAGAACUCUAGGUAACAUACGAAAUGAUGUAACCGGACAGGCUUUAACCUUUGGUCCUAAUUUAUUUUUUCUUUGCAACCCCUAAUCAGUUGACGGGCCGUGAGAGAAUAUCGCCACAAAAAGAUGCGAAAAAGUUUUCGCUGAGUUUCCUUUACAUAUUCCGGCUUUAUAUGGGUCUACACCUUACCUGCUUAAAAAUGAAACUGUUGUUCAAUUAAGUUUCAGUCAAACUCGGUAUAAUCUUGACUUGCAAAUCCAAAUGCAAAGGUUUAUUUCGCAGUAGAAAAGCGUGUAAACAUCAUCGAACAGCGCAAUGUAAAUUGGCUAAUGUGAAACCACGUUUCUUUCACUUUAUUUACCAUGCAUUUAUCUCAAUUGCACACUCUUGUGAAAUUAGCCUCAGGCAAUUAGUUGCGACCUUUAACAGACUCAACAAGCCAGUAUGAAAAUAUGUUAAGAGAAGCUGAGCUCUACAUGUUCUUUUUUUUUUUUUUUCAUAUUGCCCUUGCAUGUGUUAACAUUCCAUUUCUUUUUUGUUACAGGUAACUUCCAGACAUGACGAGGAGAUAAUUACUUUUCUAGAGAGCAAUUCUUUGGUACUGUCAGUUAUCACUGACUUACUUUGAGUUAAAAACAAAGAACACAGACACUGGUAAUGACACAAAAAGAUUAAUCCCUGGCAAGCCUACAAAAAAAGAAAGAGGAACUCAGACUCCUUAUCAAAAUGUGAAACAACAUAAAAGCAGCUUUUCUAACGUAGGGAAAAUUGCGUUAGAGAGAUUUGUAAUUGCAACGUUAUAUUCACGCACAUUGCAUUGUCAAACAUCAUAAUUUACUGAAUAAUGAACAGUGAUUUUGGGGCUUAGCUCAGUUUGUAAUGAACUUUGAAAGAUAUUCUAUAACCUUGUAUUUUUAAAAGCUUUCAUGGAACAUAGAUGCAUUUUAUUAUACAAUGAAAAUAGUCUCUGUCUCUCUUUUUACUGAUUUUAGUCAAUUCCAUUUUAUGCGCAAUGUGAAAUGGGAAUCCUAUUAAAGACUCAUCAAAAGGGGUGAGGAGUUUUUACAAUCCCUCAACAGGUCAUCUCCACGAUGACGCUGUUUUAUUACUACGGCAGAAUCCCUCAGGGUUUUACUUUCUUAUUUAAACUUCGAAAAAAUUAGAAAAUGAAAGGAAUAGCUUUUGUUAUUUAAACUUGAUCUGGGACAACCAAAUCUAUGAAAAUGAAAGGAAUAGCAAUGACGUCAUCGUGCGCAACCGUUCGAUUUGAAAUCAAAAGAUAAAAUUGCUGUGAUCUGUUUAUCCAUUUUUUUUUUUUUUUAUUUUAUUGCCAGGCUUAAAAUAUCUCAUUUUGUAUUCGAUUCAUAUAUACAACAAAAAUAGGCGAUUUAAAACAGAAAUGAACGAUUUGGAACAGAUGCGAUUUGGGUCUGAAAAUCAUACGCGUGAUUUCAAAAUGGAUGAACGAGAACUGCAGCGCGAGUUCGAUUUCAAAUCAACGAGCGCGCAGCGCGAUUUCGAUUUGAAAUCAGACCAAAAAAUUGCAGGACACGAAGUUCAAUUACCACUUUAUUACAUCCAUUUUGAAAUCGCAAAAUUUAGUCAGUACUAAUAUUUUAUUGAUCAAGUAGCCAGUUUGUUAAAAAGCCGAAACAAAAAGGCUUUUACAUCUCAUUUUGUCUUCGAAACAGAAAUAAUGCGAUAUAGAACAAAAAUGGUGCGAUUUAAAACAGAAAUGAUGCGAUUUAGAACAUGAAUGACGCAAUUUGGAACAGAUGCGAUUUAGAGCAAAAAAUGGUGCGAUUUAGGAAUAAAUCACACUGCUGAGAGCCAAUAAGAUUGCACGGAUAGCCAGUGAUUUCAAAGUGGAUGUAAUAAAAGGAAUUAUAACCCGUGCGUUGAGAGCAUGCCAGAGACCGAUUUUUGGCAUGCCCGGCAUGACCCAGAUUAUGGCACGCCCGGCAUUCCGGAGAAUUUAGCAUGCCGGGCAUGUCAGAAAAUUUGGCAUGCCCGGCAUGCGGGAGAUUUUGCUGGGUAUGAAUUACUUAUUACUAGAACCUAGGCUUCUCGCGGCCUGGGUGAGAAGGUUACAGAACCUCAAAUUAUGCUUACAGGGCAUGCGAAAUUCUGUUGCAUGCCAAUUUCAAUGCAAACCCACUCUGGGGCCACCCCCUCUAUUACCAGUGAGCAAAUCAUUGACGAUAGGCAUGCGAAAAAUCCUUGCAUGCUAACCAACCAUGAAAACAUAGCAGAAAUGUCCUCAAUUGCUGAGUCAUGCCCCAGGGGAGGCUUUAAAAUACAGAAUUUCCUGACAUGGAUGAGGGAAUUUUCUGUAAACAGCAUGUGAUCAUGCCGGCUAGGACGUAUUGCCUCCGUAUUGCCCCUUUUUACAGCUAGCUAGGCUCACUUUUAGGUUCCAUGGCCUGAAAUGACGUAAAAUUCAUGCCCUAAAUGUAAAAAGUCCAAAAACGUCCUCGAAAUUUUAGUUUCCAAGCCGUUCAAAUCACGCGGGUUCAAGUCCUACAUACCCCCUACUGUUUUCUUUCAUUUUCUUUCUUCUCUUAUUUACUACUUUAAGUUAAAAGCCCGAGCCUCCUAUCAUAAAUUUUAGUAAAGAUGAUAAUCUGAUUUUGGGGUAUCUAUUCUAGUCACAACCGUUUUCUAUGCAAAGCCAUUUGAAUGAUACCCAGUCGCUUCUCAGUAUUCGCGUUGUGAUCAUUGGAACGAUUUAGUGAGUUCGAGAUGCAUCAAGCUAGGAAGGGAGAAGGAAGGAAGAAAAACGCCUUUGCGCCUUUCAAUUUUCCUUUUCAAAUUCCUUUGCGAAAAUAAAUCGACUGGGUAUAUACGAGUCUGGUUGAAUUAUCAAAUUAUUGUACCCUUAACAAACCUAAUAUUUCAAUAACUGGCAAUAGGUAGUGUCAAAAGAAAACCCAUUCAAGGCGGGGAGAGCCUUCUUUGUCUAUCACAGAUUAAACCAAGGGAAAUGUGGAUGAGACUACGUAACAACUGAAAAUUUCUUUCUUUGCGUCUGCUUCCCAUAAUCGACCCGCCAACCCCCAUCUCUGUAAUAUAAGUAGCUCCACCUUUUCCCUCCUCAUUUUAGAUUUGGAGGUUGGGUAGCAUGGGGAGCAAGCUUUCCUAAGACUACGGGGGCGGCCCCGUCGCCAGAGCGUCCCUGUGAGCUUGCUCGCGGGCUGAAGGUUGGGCUUUGAACCUGGUAGGGUCGCCUUAGUUAUUUUUUCAAUUAGUACCAGGAUCUUAACGUCAGGUGGUAACACUACGAGGUAGGUGAUUUAUAGGCUACAAAAACUGGUGAUGAAAUAUCAUGUGAGUAAUGCGGUUGUUCUCUUUAUCCAGAGUUUUCAACAUGCUGGCCUCAGUGAUCUAGUGAAACAAGAAUGGGACUUGGCUCAGUUAAAUAUCCUUGAAAGAUACAUAUCUGUUGCAAGCCAUGAUUCUUCUGAAUUUGAACUUCUUCAACAUGUCUACAAAAAGUUUGUCAAUGGAGUCAUCCCAAAGCUUGGUUAUCUAGAUAAACAGGUUAUCCAUGGUGACCUCAAUGAUAAGAACAUACUUGUCCUUCCAAAUCGGCGUGGUAAACGUCAUACAAUAAGCUUUCUUGAUUAUGGGGAUACCUCAAAUUCUUACAGAGUGUUUGAAGUUGCGAUUUGCAUGAUGUAUAUGAUAAUGCUCCGAGUCGAACAAGGUGAUUCACAUGAGGAAGCCAUCAGAGCUGCUGGUCACGUGUUGAGAGGUUAUCAAAGUGUUUACAGCCUCUCUCCCUCUGAGCUUGACCUUUUGUAUUGGUCAGUUGCUGCCAGGUUUUUCCAAUCGAUUGUGAUUGGAAUGUACAAACAGUCCCUUGAACCAGAGAAUAUAUACUUAAGCCAAACUUGCCAAUUAGGAUUAAGCAUCCUCUCUUCGUAUACUUCUGCACCUGAAAAAGAAAUCCUUAAUUCUUGGCUGUCAACUGACAUGCUUGGUCCAGUGCAUUUCAAGUAA